CUGCCGCGCCCUCGACGCCCCUGCACCCGUUGCUGGCAUAGCUGCCCCUCCCAGCGGGCGAGACCCCGUCCUCCUCAGCAGCGAUCCCGGCCCACCUCCUCUUUCCUUAACCUAACUCUCUCUUUCCGGGAGGGUGGAGUCGAAAUCAUGGGGUGUUCGCACCCUGUGUUUGUCUCCCCACCUCCCCGCUUCUACUCCUGAGUCUGGGGGCGAGGGAAAGAGCCAGAGUGCGACAGGCAGAUCCAGACCCCAGAGCCAGGAGGUGAACCCUGACCCCUAACCCCACUGCAUCCAGCCAAUAGGAGCCCAGCCACCAUGGCAGAGCUGCAAGAGGUGCAGAUCACGGAAGAGAAGCCCCUGUUGCCAGGACAGACACCCCAGGCAGCCAAGACUCACUCAGUGGAGACACCUUACGGCUCUGUCACUUUUACUGUCUAUGGCACCCCCAAACCCAAACGCCCAGCGAUACUCACCUACCACGAUGUGGGACUCAACUAUAAGAGCUGCUUCCAGCCGCUGUUUCAAUUUGGGGAUAUGCAGGAAAUCAUUCAGAACUUCGUGCGGGUUCAUGUGGAUGCUCCUGGAAUGGAAGAGGGGGCUCCUGUGUUCCCUUUGGGAUAUCAGUAUCCGUCUCUGGACCAGCUUGCAGACAUGAUCCCUUGCAUCCUGCAGUACUUAAAUUUCUCUACUAUAAUUGGAGUUGGUGUUGGAGCUGGAGCCUACAUCCUGUCACGAUAUGCUCUUACCCACCCAGACACAGUUGAGGGCCUUGUCCUCAUCAACAUCGAUCCCAAUGCCAAGGGCUGGAUGGACUGGGCAGCCCACAAGUUGACUGGCCUCACCUCUUCCAUUCCGGAGAUGAUCCUUGGACAUCUCUUCAGCCAGGAAGAGCUGUCUGGAAAUUCCGAGUUGGUACAAAAGUAUAGAAAUAUUGUCACGCAUGCACCCAACCUGGACAACAUUGAACUGUACUGGAACAGCUACAAUAACCGCCGAGACCUGAACUUUGAGCGUGGAGGUGAUAUCACCCUCAAGUGCCCUGUGAUGCUGGUGGUAGGAGACCAAGCACCUCAUGAAGAUGCAGUGAUGGCUGACUCCGGAGGUCAGCCCCAGUUGACUCAGCCAGGCAAGCUGACUGAAGCCUUCAAGUACUUCCUGCAAGGCAUGGGCUACAUGGCCUCUUCCUGCAUGACUCGCCUGUCGCGGUCUCGCACUGCCUCCCUGACCAGUGCAGCAUCCAUUGAUGGCAACCGUUCCCGUUCUCGCACCUUGUCCCAGAGCAGCGAGUCCGGGACUCUCCCUUCAGGGACUCCGGGGCACACCAUGGAGGUCUCCUGUUGAAUGACCCUUGCUGCCCUGGUGUGAGACCCAGCCCUCAUCUCCCUCAGAACUAACCUGGGAGGUGCAUAAGGGCACUGGGCCUGAGUGAGCAAGGGAAGAUAAGCAGAUCAUGCAGGGAGACAACCUUGAUUUUUGAUUGCUACCCUAACCUUGACCUCUAACCUGUGAUUCCCCCAGCUCCUGGGAGAGAUGUCCUAAUAUCUCUUAUGGACCCAGACCCCUAAAUUACCCUUCCCCCAUUUUGUUAUAAGGUGGAGAGGGUGUGCAUCUCCUCUCUGUUUUAGGUGUCUUUCAGUGAGGGAUAAGAGGCUGCUGUAGUUAUCCAUGGUGCCUCUAUCAGACUCUCCCUACUUGUGAGGGGACUUGGGUCUGGGGCUCUAUUCACCAAAGCUGAUGUGGAUUCUCAUUAACCCUUCAGCCUUCUGAAGGGUACAGGCCUGAAUGAAUGUGUGUCAGGGGGUGGCUUGCUGGUAGGUGGUGGGUUAGUGGCCCUCAGGAUGUGAUAGGAACAUCUAGUGUAUGAAAAAGAAGUUGGAAUAGGAGGUGGUGAGUGGUAGGCAAAGAACAUGUAUGGGGGGAAGGACUGGAGGUGGGGCAAUAGAGAGGGGCCUGGGGCCAUUUGGCUGCACUAACUUGUAGCUGUCAGUGUGUGUCUAGUGUGGGGUUGGGGAGGGAGCCAAGCUUGGGCUGGGCUGCUUGGGGCUUGAUAUAGGGGUGGGAAGGGCUGCCCUAAGGCUCUGACCACACUCUGAUACAUGUGGAAGGUACCCUCCUGUGUCUCACAACUCCUGCUGUAACAAUAAACUAUAGAGGAAUCUGAGCAUUGUUA